AUGGGCGGUUGUGGGGGCCCUGGUUUCAGUAACUAUGCCUAUGACGUCGGACCAGGCUGGCAAGGCUGUGGCUACCUCGGAGGGGUGCCCUGUGGGGGGGUGUUUGGCGGCUGUGGGUGGGGAUGGCCGGGAGCCGAGAGCGCGUGUGGUGGCUUUGGAGGUCUGGCGGCCUGGGGUGGUGGCUACGGAGGCUGCGGAUGGGGUGGGUGGGGCUGCUGCUAG